GACGGAUGCUGUCACUCAGCUCCGCGGGCCAAUGGGGGAGAAGCGAGCCCCGCCUCCUUCCCUGGGCUGAGCUGCAGACAUGCGCACUGGACUUCCCAGCGCCACCGCCCAUCAGCUGAAAAUUGUAGCUGGGUCUCUGGCCGGUGGGUGACCGUGGCUGGAGGAGGAGGAAGCAGAGGAGAUCGGGGUGACUGCUUGGAAAACUAUCUGGACAGCCCACCAACAUCUGAUGAAAUUAGUGACUAAGCAAAUCAGCCAUGUCUUACACUCCAGGAAUCGGUGGUGACCCCGCCCUUCUGGCCCAGCGCAUCUCUUCCAACAUCCAGAAGAUCACACAGUGUUCUGUGGAAAUACAGAGGACUCUGAAUCAGCUCGGAACACCUCAAGAUUCACCUGAGUUGAGGCAACAGCUGCAGCAGAAGCAGCAGUACACUAACCAGCUUGCCAAAGAAACAGAUAAGUACAUUAAAGAGUUUGGAUCUCUGCCCACCACCCCCAGUGAACAGCGUCAAAGGAAAAUACAGAAGGAUCGCUUAGUGGCUGAAUUCACAACAUCACUGACAAAUUUUCAGAAGGUCCAGAGGCAAGCUGCUGAGAGAGAGAAAGAAUUUGUUGCUCGAGUAAGAGCCAGUUCCAGAGUAUCUGGCGGUUUUCCUGAGGACAGUUCAAAAGAAAGGAAUCUUGUAUCCUGGGAAAGCCAAACUCAACCUCAGGUGCAGGUGCAGGAUGAAGAAAUUGCAGAGGAUGACCUCCGCCUUAUUCUUGAGAGAGAGUCUUCUAUUAGGCAACUUGAAGCUGAUAUUAUGGAUAUUAAUGAAAUAUUUAAAGAUUUGGGAAUGAUGAUUCAUGAACAAGGAGAUGUGAUAGAUAGCAUAGAAGCCAAUGUAGAAAGUGCAGAGGUGCACGUUCAGCAAGCAAACCAGCAGCUGUCCAGGGCGGCAGAUUAUCAGCGCAAAUCCAGAAAAACUCUGUGCAUCAUCAUUUCUGUCCUUGUCAUUGGAGUUGCGAUUAUCGGUCUCAUCAUAUGGGGAGUGAAUAAGAAAAACUAAAAUCAUAAAGGCAUGCACUAUUGCGCUAUGUUAUCUAAAUUAUGUAGGAAGAUUCCUGUAAUUGUGUUGUUGUUUUUUUUUAAUUAUAAAGCUAUUAAGUAAAGAAUGGUUCCCAAACUUUGUUAUUUUUAUUUGGGGUGAGGGUGGGGGGUGGUUUCCUUUGGAUUAAAUCUGAUAUUUUCUAAUACUGAAA